AAUUACAAAUGCCUCCGCGCCCUCACCCCCUUCCCAACAAAACCAUUCCAGGAGGGUGGCGAAUAUAGUGCAGCCCUUGCAGAGGAGGGGGAGGAUUGCCAGGCUUUGUGGCAAGUGUCACAUGAGAAGGGGGGAGUGGGACAAAUGGAUUAGCACAGGCUCAAUGCACUGAAUGGCCUUGCGAGGCCCUGUAGGAAUGACUGGGCAGCGUUUCCAAUAGCUCGGUGGUUCAUGGGGAAUGGAGCUUUGGGCUUGAAGCUGGGACUGGGCUUGUCCAUCAAUCCUUGGCACCGAGGGCAGCAUAUCCAGGUUUCAAUUCCAGUUUCCCAUCACCUGGAGACUUUAUUUCUGCACUCACCGUGGAAAGGCCAGCUGUGUGCUGUAUCGAUUUUCAGUAAACCUUGAGCCACACAUCCCUGUGAGUUGAUGGUGUUUUAGUUCAGUAAGAGCCAGAAGGACGUUAUUAAAAUGAGAAUCAGUGACUCUCGCUGCCCACACCCCACCCCCCUCAGCUGGACGGUUCCCAUAGUCACGAGCUCCCCCAGAGGGAGGUUUCUCACACCUCUGCAGGUUCAGGGUCACUCAAUGUAGUGUUAUUGGUGAGGCUGGUGGAGGGGAGUGGCUGGCUCUGGAGUGGGUAUUGUGAGUGAGCCGUUACAUCAAUGCCAGGUCUCUCUGUUGCACGUCCAUUGUGGAGUUUGAGUGGUGGCAGCUGGCACUGUGCGGAUUUUGACACUCAGUAUGACUCCACAGACCCUGAUCCUCCUCACCCUGCUCUCCCUGAACUCCAUCUGGGCUGAGGAUGAGGUGAUUAACAAGGGGGAAGGGGAGGAGAACCCGGACGACGAAGAGAAACAAUUUGAAAAUCCAAACUCCCUCAAAGAUACAUCCAGAAGAAUAUGGUACCUAAAAAAUAUCUCGGCCACUGACGAUUUCAUCAGUGAGGCUUCAAUUUGUGUCAUUGGUUUUAUCAAGGAUCUGGAAUCCGGUGAUGCAAUGACCUUCAAUGACCUGGUUGACAUCGUUAGGAAUUUACCUUUCGCCAUCACUUCGGACAGCGCCGUCUGGGAGAAAUACAACAUCAGCCAGAACACCAUCAGCCUCUUCAAGAAGUUUGACGAAGGGCGUGUGGACUUUCCGUUUAACGAUGGGGAACUGGAUCACGACCAAAUCAUUCCGUUUCUGCGACAGAAUGAGAUGCGCCUGGUCAUUGAGUACAACCAUCUGGAUGCCAGCCAGAUCUUUAGGUCAGGAAUUCCAAUUCAUCUCCUGCUCCUGGUAAGCAAGAGAUCUGCACAAUACAGACCGCUCUUGAAGCAGCUGAAAACCGUUGCCCCUGAGUUUCGGGGGAAGGUGAUCUUUAUUCUGGUUGACACAGAUGUGAAAGGAAACAGCCGUGUGAGCUCAUAUUUCAAAGUUAAGGAAGUCGAAUAUCCAUCCCUCUGUCUUUUUCACGUGGCGACAGAGGCUGUGGCUGUGAUGAAAGCCAGUAAUAUCAGCUCGGACUCCUUACGGGAAUUCUGCACCAACUUCAUGGAAGGGAAAGAUACGAGCACUAUCAAACCGCCGAGACCUCCGUCUGAAGAACUGUAGCUAAUCGGGAGUGGAUGUUGUUUUGUUUGCAUUUUCCUACAUUACCAUCACAGCAAAAUAAAGCAAUAUGAUUCACUGCGGAACAAAUGGUUAAUGAUCUCAC